UACUUUAAAAAGUCUACUACGGUAAUACUUAGGAAGCUAGGUAAAAAUAACUAUAUAGUACCUAAAGUAUAUAGGCUGAUAGCCCUCUUUAAUAUAGUAAAUAAGAUUAUAAAUACUAUUAUAGUAAAAAAACUAAGCUACCUCGCUAAAACAUAUAGACUACUACUAAAUAGCUAUAUAAGUAAAAAAAGACGUCGGUUAAUAGAAUACGUACUAUACUAA